AUGAAACCAAAUCAUUGUGACACUAUAUUUAACGAUGACUAGUUCCAGACUCCUACUAGAUAGCAAAAAAGAGUUAUAACUGAAACAACAAUUAAAAAACCAUUCCAAUAGAAAUAGAGAUAAUGCACUUGCAAAAAAAGCUAAUGUCUGAAGAUGUAUUGUGAUUGUCUUGCUUUUGGAGAGUAUUGUGGAAGUGAGUGUUCAUGUUAAAAUUGUCACAAUGAUGAUAAACACCCUGAAUAAAGAAACAAAGUGCUUGAACAAAUGGUUGAGAAGAAUACUCCUGCUUAGAUUAAAUGUAAUUGUCGUAAAAGUAAUUGCUAAAAAAAAUAUUGUGAAUGUUAUAAUGCAGGAGUGAAAUGUUCUGAAUUAUGUAAAUGCGAUGAUUGCAAAAACAGUGUUAAAUUGGGUUACAACUAAUUUCAAAUUGGAAAUCAAAAGUUUAUUCUAAUUCCUGUUUAAACAUUUGAAUAGUUGAAAUCACAAUAAAAAUGAAGCGC